UUCAUGUUUGCAUGGCGGUUUGUUGGCGCUCCGACUGGAGGUCUCUAAAAGAAAGAGUUCUGUCAUGAAUAUUGCGUUUUGUGGGCUUGUUCUUGGAAUAUUAUGUUCAGCGGAUGUAUCUGGAUCUCAGUCUGAGCAUGAUGUCCGAUGGCUGCCUUGCCAAUUUAGGGAUGAAACAAGACAAAUAAAUGUUGAGGGGGUAAAUGAAACCAAAUUCCACUUCAGAAAUGCAGUGUUGCAGUUUGGCAAUCCAGGAGACCACCCUGUACACAAUGAUGCUAUUACCUUCCUUGUCACAACUUCAAAGGUGGAUAUGAGACACUAUAUGAAAGGUGGUGAGGACAUGGUGGAGUGUGAGAUCCAUAGAUAUAACACAGGAGGAAUUGUCAUGCGCUGGCCUGGUUUUGGCGCUCAAGACAACGAUGUUUGGUUUACUUGUGUUCUCCAUCAUACUAAGGGCCAGUUUGUCCUGACCACCUUUCUCAGACACACACCUGCACAGGAAGGCUAUCAAGAGAAGAUACAGAUUGGAGAUCAAGGAAUUUUGACCACCUCAGCUUCCAUGAUUGUACUGACAAACACGCCUACUGUUCACGUGGGUCUUCUGAAGGAGCAGACGCUACACUGUCAGUUUGCUGUGGAUCAUAAGUCGCCAAACGUGACCGUUGAAUGGAGAUUUCAGCGGCGUGGCGAGCGCACUUUGCUCUUCAGCCACUACAGUCGCACUGGAAAGAGCCAAGGCAGCGGAGUGUCUGUUAAAACCCUGGGAACAGGAAAUGCCUCUCUGAAAAUCCCUCUCGCUACACAGUCUAACGAGGGCACAUACAUGUGCUCAGUACUUGUCCCGCCACUCUACGGCAGCAACGAUAUCACCCUGAGCAUCCAAGAACCGCCACGUGUGUCACUGAAUGUGGACACAUCCUUGUCCUUACCACCAGGAGGAGAGCAGAAGGUGGUGUGUAAUGCUGACGGCUACUACCCACUUGAUGUGAACAUCGAGUGGUUACAGGAGCCAGUGGGUUCAAACCUACUGCCCGUGGUUCUGAAGAACAUUUUGUACUCUAGUCACCGUCACAAUAAGGAUGGCACAUACUCCUUCUCGGCCUUCUUCCUGCUUCAGCCUAGCAUUGACGAUUCUGGGUCCAGGUACACUUGCAGAGUGAACCAUCAGGCUCUGCGUACACCGAUUCGCAAGAGUUUUACCCUCGUCAUCACAGAUGAAGAAUCAGCACUGUGGUAUUUCUUAGUAUUUGUAUUUAUCCUGGUCAUGGUGGGAAUACUGAUCUGGCUGCUGCCUCAGCUCUUUGCUACAAAAAGACAAGCACCAAACAAGCUCUGGUAACCAUGCUAGAAGAAUUACAGCUUCACUCCAUGGAGACAGAAACCACAAUCCUUCUCCUUCCUCACCUCCUUCCUUCCUGUACCUGCCAGGUUGCUUGAUCAGGUCUUUCACGUUGAAAUCACAGAACACCGUCUUUGAUCUGACGCCUAAUGAAGUCAUUGAUGCUUACAGACAGAUCAGUGUGUGGUAUUAAUGUCAUUAAAAAAUCAUCUAGAAUCAACUGUAAGAAACCUGCCAGCUUGCUGUGUAUCACAACUUGUGAUAAUAAUCUAACACUGAAUGUAAAUGAGUUCAUUUAGUAAAUUUUGAUGGCUGCUGUGUGACUACAAAGCUGAAAAUUAAUACUGAACAGCGUAUAUUAAUUAGCUGUAGACCUAAUUAGUUGAAAAUGGAAAUAAAAAUGUUUGUUUGAAUGAGUUUGAGUGUGUUGUUGGUGCAUAGGGUAGAAUUUUGGGUUCUUAGAGUUACAAGGCAAACUAGAUCGAUGCUAGCCAUUUAGAAAAGCAGUCUGCCAUGUUUUUGUUUGUGAGCAUUAAAGAUUGUUGUGGAUUAAACGUC